AUGGCGAUGAGGAUGACUGGCCGUGUGCUGCUGGUGUGUGCCCUCUGCGUGCUGUGGUGCGGUACCGGCGGUAGAUGUGACGAGGAGGGGACGGCAGGCUCUGGGAUUGGUGGUAGGCCUCCGCCGGAAUCAAAACAACUUGAAACGUCUCCAGAAGGACCCCAAGGCUUAAAAGUUGAAGUACCAGGUGGUGAAGAAAAUGUAACACCCGCAUCUUCCCCUCCUACAGAGGAAAAGGAUGAUGAUGAAAAUGAUGGUGAAGAGAAUGACGAAGGUGCAGAGAGAAAAGCGGAAGAAGAAAAAAGUACUGAAAUGCAGAAUGUUCAAGAAGGAACAGAUGCAAUAGGCUCAGGUUCCAGGGAAAAGAAUUUGGGUGGCAGCCGGCUGGAAAAGAACCAGGCAAUUGUAUCUGCAGAGGGCAUUUCUCAUUCCGGCAGUCAGGAAUCAAAUGCCAAUUCUACGCAAACGGAAUUUGAAGGAAAGAAGGACGCCGACGAAAAUACACCAGCAGCAGAGAUUACACUCACAACAGGUAACGGAGAGAACACAGUGCCUCGGGGAAUUGCGGGAGUAAAUCUUCCAUCACCUCCAGAAGAAGGUGUUGAUUCCCGCGAACAGGAUAGCGAAGACACUACGAGUGAAGGCGAAAAAAAUGUUCAGUCGCCUGAGACCGCAGCCACACCACAAAGCCACCGAGACAAAGGCUCAGAAGGGACUGGGGAAGAUACAAAAGCAACGACAGUAACCGCCAACACAACUGAUACGACGAAUACACAAAACAGUGACGGCAGCACCGCGGUCUCCCACACCACCUCUCCUCUUUUGCUUCUUCUUGUUGCGUGUGCGGCUGCUGUGGUGGUGACCGCGUGA